ACCCUUCCAUGGAAGCUCUGAAAUCUGUAAUAUAGAGAUGAGCCUUGACUGUGAGCAGGCAGAUUUGGAGGUACAACUCAAAGAAUCCAUCGAAGGUCUUCCUGCUAAAAUGAAUACUGAAUUAGCAGAAUCUGGAUUGAACUUGAGUGCUGGUCAGAAACAACUGCUGUGCCUUGCCAGGGCUCUUCUCAGGAAGAAUCAGAUAUUGAUUCUUGACAAAGCCACAUCAUACGUGGAUCCAAGAACUGAUGAGUUAAUACAAAAAAGAAUUCGUGAGAGAUUUGCCCAGUGCACUGUGCUGACCAUUGCACACAGGUUGAGCAACAUUAUUGACUGUGAAUGGAUAAUGGUUUUGGAUUCAGGGACACGAAAAGAACAUAAUCAGCCAAAUAAUUUGCUGCAAGAUGAAAACAGCCUAUUUUACAAGAUGGUGCAACAACUGGGUGAGGCGGAGGCUGCUGUCCUCAGUAAAAUGGCAAAAUAGGUGAGGCUGUUGCGGGAAGCUGUAAUUAAAAUUCACCUCCAGGAUUCACUCUUCUCAGGAUCUCCACCAAGGGUCUGGGAACAAGCACUCUGUGUUCUUUUCAAUAGAAGCCUCCAGAGAGGAAGCUGCAUGAAUGGGUCUUUAACAACACAUGGCAGGUGGAAGGCAGGUCUGCUGGGAAUCUGCAGCAGUGCUGGGGGUGGGGUCGGGAUGUGUGCACCCUUCUGUGUGCGUGCACCUGUGCCUGAGAGAGAGAUUUUGGAUUUGACUUUCCACAUGUUUGGACUCUGGGUUCAGAUUCUCAUGGAACAUAAGAAGAUUUGCAUGUUUCAGACCCUUUACAUUCAUUCUGAUUGGUACUCAACACAUUUGUGAUACAAGUUCCAUCAAAUAAUAUCCAGGAAAUUUGAGAGUUUAAGGGGAAAAAAAUUGGAAUAUUUCAAUUCUAGGAAGAUCUUCCAGAGAAAGGUGUAGGUCUCUUCUGUUUCCUAGUCUGUAAAGAAAAUUCUUACCUGGAAUUAUCACUUUCUGCCUAAUUCUUUGUUGUUUAGAGUUAGGUCCAUUUACGCCCCCCUCCACGUUUCCUCUACCUUCUGGACGAUGAAAUUGUCAUCAGGACAAAUCAAGAACUCACAAUAGCUUCACACUGUAGUCUGAAUGGUGCCUGAAGGUUUACAGAGCACUUUCUCAGAGAUGAGGUGUGUGAGGCACUAAGCACUGUGUGUGGUGUGAGGAAGGGGCUCAGUGAGUAACAUUCAGGUCACGUGGUAUAUUCCUAACAGAGGUGUAGUGGUAACCAAGGUCUGGCUUAAGAGACUUAGCCACUGUCAUGCAGCCAUCUGCAAGUCUUUCUGGGACCAGGUGGGAGUGGGAU